UUAAAGUUCUAGUAGGUAUUCCGCGCAAAAUAUUUUUCCUUUUGAUAAAGGAUAAUUAAAAUGCUACCGUCGAGAUAUGCACCUGGGCAGUCGUCUGCCUUGCGAAAAUCGCGUCUGGAAGGUAAGCCGUCGUUGUUGCCGAAGCCCCGCCGGCCGGGCUCCACGGACCGGUUGUCAACCGAGGCGCGGCGCCCGAGUACUGCGGGACACCGGUCCAGUAGCGCGGAGCCUCCGCGCGCAACCUUCGGGCGGCUGAGUAGAGAGGCGUCUGCUACUAAACUGCCUUUAAAUGGGAGAUCUAGAUCCCAGCAGAGCGAGAGAUAUGGCCAGGCGGCCACUACACCGCUGCGGUCCAGUCACUAUGCGUCUAGACCCACAACCACUCCUGUUAGAACCCCAAUUGAAGAACGCGCUCGCAACUGGCAGGCCUGCUUGGACAGAGCAUUGUCAUUUGUCACUCUAAAAGACCAGCGGCCGAUCUCGAACGUGGCCUGGCAGCGUUCGGAAUGCUCCCGCGUGCAGGAACUGCUGUCGCUGCGCGGCGCGGGCGGCGCGGGCGGCGCCGGGGGCUCCGCGGCGCUCAUCCGGCCGCUCACCAUCGCGCGCUUCGUGGACAUCACCGGCGGCCUGCUCGCCGCCGUCACCAGGGACACCAAGCUGAACAACGAUAAUUAUGUCACCAAGCUGCCGCACGUGAGCAAGCGGCUGCUGUACCCGGGCGCGGUGUCCAAGUCGUGGCUGCGCACCGUCAACACGCUGCACGCCUUCCCGCACGCGCUGGCGCUCGUCGGCUACCUGCUGGACCUCGUCACGCACAUCGAAAUGCCCGUGACGGAUGAUCUCCUGUACGUGGGCAAGGAUGACCUGUCUCGAUUGCGGAGGGACUACCUCCACAAGUGUUGGAUCAGGUUCCAAGACCCCGGCCACCAGUUUGAGGACCUGAACGAGGAAUACCUGAUGAACUUGAAGGUCCUCCUUGGCAACGACGACGAGAAGAUUGAGGAACUGCAGAAGAUUAUCAAAAAAUACGAGCUGUGCUUAGAAGACGAAGCAGAAACGGCGGCUCGCGCGGGCGAAGCACGUAAAAGCGAACGAAGGGACGCCUUGCUCGCUUCCCUCCGCGCAGAACGCACAGCCAGAAGAUCGGCCAGAACGGACAUCGAAGCGCAGAAGACUGCGAAGAGCGAGAACGCUGAAGUUUUGAGGGCUUUGGACGUGGAAAUCGAGAGGGCGACCAUUGAGAGUCAGCAGUUGAAGAAACAGUUGGAGAGUCAGACGAUGUGUGUGGCGGAGAGGACCAAGUUGCUGGACGAGGUGGAUUACGAGCUGAGGGUGUUGGAUUCGAAGCGAGCGCUGGCUGAUCAGAUCGCUAAGAUGGUUCUUAGCAAGGAGACGGAGCUGGCACUGUGGCAGAAGAAGACGUUAUCGAGCUGCGUGGAGUUCAAGCAGGGACUCAUACACCUCUCCGCUCAACUGCCAGAACUCUCACAGAUAAUAGACGAGAAAGAGCUGAUGGAGGCGGAGUGCUCGGGCCGCGUGCAGCGCGCGCUGGGCACGCUGCGCGCGCACGCCGCCGCGCUGGGAGCAGCACGCAGCGCGCGCGCCCGCCAGCGCAGCGCGCGGCAGCGGCAGCGGGGCGCGCUCGUGGAGGAAGCCCGCAACAAGAUAGCCGAACUGAAAUCGUCAAUAGCUCGUGAACAGGAAUCUUUAGACACGGAACAAAGCGAGGAGGCCGCAGAAGCGACCGCUUGGGCUCAACAACUCGCAGAGAUCACAAACAAAAUGGAGGAAUAUAAGAAGAACCAAGAGACGUAUGCUAAAGCUGAUUCUGAGCUGGAGUUUUGGGAGAAGCAGGACGCAGCGUGGAACGGAAAGCUGACAGAAAUGAGAGAGUAUAUAGUGAGGCAGCAGGCUGAAUGCGAGAGACUGUUGGUGGAAGCUAAAGAGAAGAGAAUCUGUUUGCUCAAGGAUUGUGUCAGGCAGUGGAACGAGAAGAUAGCCAUGUGAUUUUGGAUGUGAUGGUGUAGUUUGAAAAAUAUUUUUUUUUUGUGCUAAUGAAAUCAGAAGGAAGAUAUAUUAAGUAAAGGGGACACAAUUUUCAACUUGCCAAGAUAGCUAAACAGGAGAUGGCUACAUAAUAUAUACUUUUCAUUUUUUAAUGUUUCUCUGGGUAAAAAGAUUAAUUGGAUUCACAGUUACAUUAAGAAUAGUUAAGAUUUAAAACUUUUGACUGGGAUACAAUUUUAACAGCAAACACUAUAAUUAUUUACGGCUGAAACUGGCCACUUAGAAAAAAAUAAAAACCAAAAUAG